AUGAGUGUCGGCAAGCAUACAACACAUUGGAAGGACUUCCGCGAUCUUGUGCAGAACUCCCUGUCAAGCCAACAGAAGAAGCCUGUCUCGGCUCUGAUUGAGCACUUCGAUUACAAAGACGGCGAGAUGGACCUACUGUCAUGGCUCAAGGGCACCAAAGAUUUUCGAUGCGGUGAUUUGCGCGAUCGUGUAUACGGCCUAAUGGGCCUAGUUUCCGAGAAGGAUCGAAGGAAAUUACCAGUGGAUUACAGUAUUAGCAAGCAGCAGCUAUACACUGGUCUGGCAAUGUACUGGCUUAUAGAUGACACUCCUUCCUUCUUGGACUCCUGA